AUGGAUGCUGCGGGAGAAAAACUGUCCCGAGCCGAGUUGGAAAACAUCAAAACUAGUUGCUAUCCACUCGAAAUACCAGAAGAACAGAACUCGAUAGCUGAGGAAACCAACCGGCGUAGAUCAUCGCUGAGGAUGAGACAAAGCGGACUUUAUGUGAGGAGUGAGCAGGCUGAGACGAUCGAACAACAGUUCCUCGAGAACCUCAUGAAAUUUUCUGGUAUGAAUCCUGAAAGUAGACCGAAGAUACCACGGUUGCAGCACUCAAAGCUGAUCUUGGAAACGAUGAAAUCUUUGAACUCGGUGAUUCCUGGACAUCUCGGAGAAGUUGACACGCUUACUGAACUGGUUGAUGUUGUAUAUGCCGGAGCUGUUACGAUCUGUGAAUUUCAUGGGAGAAAAAUUAAUGAAAACGCGGCUCAGAGACUGAAUGGCCCCCCUCCUUGGAAGAGACGCCUGGAACAGAAGAUCGUUUUGAUAAGAAGAAAAAUAGGAAAACUCCAUACUUACCUUCAUUCACCAAAUCCAUCGAACAAGGUGAUCAAAGCUACCAGGAAAACGGCCUCCGAAUAUAGGAUAAAACGGAGAGAUCCGGAGUUCAAGGAAAAAAUCUUGGUGCUCUGUGAUAAUCUGAAACAAAAGAUCAGAGCAUUAGGUAGUCGCAUAAGACGGUACAAUGAGAGAGUCACAAGACACAAAAAUAAUAAGUUGUUCUUUCAAAACCAAAAAAAGUUUUUCAGGGACCUUGAACAGGGAAGUACCGAGGGGGGUGAUCGACUUGAGCUUGGGGCAGCUGAGGAAUACUGGGGUGAAGUUUAG